UACUAAUAGCCAGCAUUGAAUCUCUGCUGUUACAAGAGGAAGAGCCAUUGCAACUAAUUACUAAGUGGGGACAAUGACCGAGCCCAGCAGCCGAAAAGAGGGAUUUAAAAAAUGCAGGAGUGCCACUUUCAGCAUUGACGGCUUUAGCUUUACCAUAGUUGCAAAUGAAGCUGGUGACAAAAAUGCAAGACCUCUGGCACGAUUUGCAAGGUCAAAAUCUCAGAACAGCCUAUGGAAUAGCAUUAUUAGUGGACUGAAUCUCAAGGAAAAACAGAAGCCAACGAUAGCCACUGAUCCUCGCAGCCCUGAAGAGAUUUUAGCUGAUGAAUUGCCACAGAUCGAAAGCCCAGAUGCAAUUCCGAAAGCAUCAAUCAGGUUUGAUGCAUACCGCACUUGUGUAUAUUUGCUUAUUGUGUAA